AUGGGCGCCGCGCCCGAGGCCUCGCUGGAGGCGGCUCCCGCCGCCGCCCGUGGCAGGCCGCUCCGCAGGAGCGCGGGUGCCGCCGAGCUGUCGCAGCUCGCGGGCCGGGGCGGGAGGCUGGCGGUCCGGAGCACGCUCCUCCACCUCCAGGCUCCCCGCGGCCAUCCACCAUCGUCCUCGGGCGCAGAGUGGCGCACCAGCGUGCCGUUCCGCAACGUGCCGUACUUGCUCACGCGGGACAUGCUCGUGGAACUCCUGGACGCGCACGGCUUCCAAGCGUGGCCCGUGAAGAGUCAGAAGAAGUGCAGUGUGGGCUGGAGCAACCGGCAGGGCUUGCAGAGCAACCUCGCUGUCUACCGCAAGCUGAGCGUCAUGAAAGGAUCCGCCCCCGAGGCCUGGAAGCCGGCCCUCUUCUUGCGGGGCAGCCAG